AUGACUGCACGGGCGCUUCUCAUCUUCCUGCCCCUCCUGAGGGUACAGUCGCAGCUGCAGUAUGGGAAUCGCUCGACUCUGGAGAAGCUGGCAAAGGAAGCCGAGGAGCACGCCGGGCCCGAGGAGAAGGUCAGCGAGGGAUUCACGAACCCCAGCCUUUGCGACUCCAGUGUGAAGCAGACGGCAGGCUACAUUUCCGUGAACCCGAUCACGAACUAUUUCUUCUGGCUUUUCGAGGCUAAGCAGAACCCCGAAUCAGCACCGUUGCUGAUGUGGCUGUCUGGCGGCCCCGGCUGCUCCUCGCAGCUGGCCCUAUUCGCAGAGAACGGACCCUGCAAGGUGGCAAAGAACGGUGACAAGACCUACACGAAUCCAUCGUCUUGGCACAACGCAGCCAACGUGAUGUGGGUCGACCAGCCUGCCGGUGUUGGAUUCUCCACCGGUAUCGGCACCCACGACGAGAAGGGAGUCGCAGAGAAUAUGUACACGUUCUUGCAGAAGUUCUUCCAGCAGUUCCCACAAUACCAGAAGACCAACUUCUUUGUGUUCGGAGAGUCCUAUGCAGGACACUAUGUUCCGGCUAUUUCCCACCGAAUCUGGAGCGGCAACAAGGCCAACGAGGGACUGCACAUUCCUCUGAAGGGCCUGGCCAUUGGCAAUGGACUGACUGACCCACUGGAGCAGUACAAGUGGUACCCUGAGAUGGGCCACUUCGGUGGACAGCAGGAGGGAGGGCAUGCGCCUGCAAAUGUCAUCAGCAAGGGCGACUACUACAUCAUGAAAGCAAUGGUCCCGGCAUGUGAGCUUGGAAUCAUUGCCUGCAACAGAGGCGUGGACCCAGACCCCCAGACUGGCGGCAUCGUUAAUGCCACGGCCUGCUUUGCAGCCUACGAUGCCUGCAACUUCAUGGCGAUCAUGCCUUAUGAGCUGACAGGCAAGAACCCGUAUGACAUGCGCAUCAACUGCGAGCACGGGCGCCUUUGCUACGACUUCGACAUGAUUACGACCUACCUGAACAAGCCGGAGGUGCAGACGGCGCUCGGUGUGAAGAAGACCUGGGGCUCUUGCAACAUGGCGGUGGACCUGUCCUUUGUUGCUGCUGGAGACUGGCUGGUGAGGUAUCAGGGCCUGCUCCCUGAUCUCCUCAAAGAUGGCAUUGACGUGCUCAUCUAUGCCGGUGAUGUAGAUUACAUCUGCAACUGGCUGGGGAACAAGGCUUGGACGCAGAAGCUUGACUGGGAGCACUCGGCGGAGUUCAACAAGGCCGAAGAUGAAGAGUGGAAGGUGAACGGCCGCACGGUGGCGAAGCUCCGGUCCUCCAAUGGCCUCAGCUUCAUGCAGGUCUUCGAGGCUGGGCACAUGGUCCCCAUGGACCAGCCCGAGGUUGCCUUGGAGAUGGUUCGUCAGUUCGUCAGCGGCAAGUUGCAGCAGGGACAGGGCGCCAAGAAGGUGAUCACGAAAGAUAACUUCACGCAGUGGACAAAGGACUGUGGCGUGAAAUGCAUUCAGAAGCAAUAUGAUGAAAUGGCGUCAUCAGCCCGACAGAACGGGCGGACCCUCCAAGCAGAGAUGCAGGCUCAAGGUUUCAAGGACUUUCACGCCUUCAGCAAAUCCUGCCCUCGUUUUCGGAAGGGCUGCUGGCCGAUAGAACUUGCCGAACUGGGGAGCGGCUAUGUGCUGUACUUCCAGUUCUUGGGCUUCCUCAUGUGCAUCUUUUUCGCGCAUUUGUGCCUUCAGGUUCCUGUCAUGACGAUCUACUCAGAGGCUAGCAACCUCGCAGACUGGUAUCAUCUUGACGAUUGGACGAAGGCAUACAGCGACGAUGCCACUGUGUGCAACUGCAUCGGCAACUCUGCUGGUGUCGGAGCGUCCUGCGGCGCCUGGGAUAUGCCACUCUGUGAUAAUGAGACGUCGUGUGCCUUCAGCACUCCUGGCAUGUAUGUGUGUCAAAGCUGGUGUUACACGUCCAAGUACUGUCCCAGAAUCGACAGUGUGAGCAACUCCAUGCGCAAUGUCUACAUUUCCGACGGGAGCAACAUCCUUGUGAAGACCGGUUUCCGAUCCGCGGACGUGGAGUACUCGGGCGCCGAUGUAGCGACGAACCAGGCGGUGUGGAUCGGCACUUUCUGGCUGUCCCCGGGGAACACCGGCCCUGACGAGGUGGCGGCCUCGAGAAAUGAAGCCCGAGCUCACCGAAGCCCCAGAGCCCUUCUCUCAUCUCGAAGUGAGACCUGGAACCCCAAACAAUAUCGUGAAUGCCCACCACGGCCUUACGCCCCAAGAUCCCUCUUUCGGUUAGUAGGUUAG